AUGUCAGAUGAAGAGGUAGCUCGUGUUACUCCAGACUUGACAGGUUUGUUAUCAACUUCAGUACCACCUCCGGGAUUUUCAAUUGACGGUUCCACGACUUCAGUGAGUGAUUUGACAAUAGCCACUCCAGGUUCCAGUUCCAUUAACUGCAAAUCGCUGAACGUUGGUUAUCCUCCUCACUGGCCUGCUACACUCCCUGAUCUCAAUCUGUCUGUUUUCCAAGAUGACACCACUCAGCCCCCUGAUGCACUCUGUCUAACCGAUGAUGAUGCACUUGAUAUAGCUGCUAAUUGUGCAAGCUCUACGGGUGUAUGCUUAGAUAUGCAAGAUAAAGAAGAACAUUGA